AUGUUCGCCGCGGAGCUUCGCCUGCCGCAGAGCGUGAGGCGGGAGGAGAAGGCGGCGAAGGUAGCGCGGUUGCUCGAGUUGCUGGGAUUGGCAGAAGUGGCGGAAACGAAGAUCGGGGACGAGGGACAAAGGGGCGUGUCUGGUGGCGAGAGGAAGCGCGUCGCGAUCGGCACGGAGAUCAUUUGCGACCCGAAGAUUCUCUUUCUCGACGAGCCCACGUCGGGGCUCGACUCGACGAGCGCGUUCCGCGUGGUGCGGGCGAUUAAAGACAUCGCGACCAACACGAACAGCAUCGCCGUCAUGGUGCUGCACCAGCCCAGUUUCCGCGUUCUCGGCCUUGUAGACCGCCUGAUCCUCCUCGCGUCGGGCCACGCCGUCUUUCAUGGCGCGCCUCCCGCGCUGCCGCGCUUCCUCGAGUCAGUCGGGUUCCCCGUGCCGCAGUUCGCUAACAGCACCGAGUACGCGCUGGAUCUUAUCGAGGAUAUGCAGCGGUCGAGCCGCGGUGUCGCGGACUUGGUGGAAUUCGCGCGGGAAUAUGAGAGGCAGCAAGAGGAAGAGGAGGAGCGGGAAAGGAAGCUAGGGAAGCUGGAAGAAGAGGCUGCGCUGCGGUGUAACCCUCAAUCAGAGGGUGUUUUACAAUCGCAGGGCCUCAACACAGAAGCAGCAUCGCCGGAAAGUGCGAGAACCGGAGGCGCGGCUGCAGCAUCGAGAUUUUGGAACUCCAGAUAUUUCCAACUUCCGAGCGUGCUAAAAGAGAGAGGCACUAACGAGGAUGUGGAGACGGGCGUCGCGAAUCGGGAUGGCGAAAGCGGGAAGGCUACGUGGUGGGGGAGAAUAGGGGCAAGGGGGAAGACGCGGCGACGAGAAAGCGGGGUUGACGAAACGCACAAGUAUGGUAACGGAUGGUUCGCCGAGCUGGCGGUGCUGACGAGACGGAACGCCCUGAUCACGUUUCGCACGCCCGCUCUGUACCUUCUGCGGCUGGGCCUGAUUGCUAUAACGGGGAUAAUGCUCGCAACCAUCUUCUACCAACCAAACGAUAGCAUGAAGGGCUUUCAGGAGCGGCUGGCCUUUUUCUCCUUCGCCAUCUGCGUGCUUUUCUUCGUCUCCUGUGAUGCCGUUCCCAUCUUCAUCCAGGAGCGGAACAUCUUCCUGCGGGAGACCAGCAGCAGCGCCUACCGCCCGUCCACGUACCUGCUCUCCUCCACGCUCGUCUACCUGCCACUGCACCUGCUCAUGGCGCUCACGCUCGUGCUCGAGGCCUGGUGGUGCCUAGGCUUGCAGGGGGGAGCGCAAGGCUUCUGCUUCAUGGUGCUUGCGUGCUUUGCCAUGCUCUUCACGGGGAAUGCCAUUGCCACGUGCGUCAGCAUCUGCGUCAACCAUGUCGUGCUGGCCUAUGCAGUGGCCAUUGCUCUCAUGGCAUAUUUCGCUCUCCUCAGCGGCUUUUACAUCGACAGGGAGAGCAUCCCGGAAGUGUGGAUGUGGUUGCACUACCUCUCACCCAUGAAAUACGCCUAUGAGGCCCUGGCAAUCAACGAGUUUGGCAGGUGA